AUGAAUGGCCCGGGCAUGGAGGCGAGGGCCGCCCCCACCGCCGAGAAGGCGAGCAAGAAGCAGCGCUGCCGCGCGUGCUGCUGCUCCGCCGCGGCCGGGCCGCCUCCGCCGGCCGCCGGCGGGCCCCCCGGAGCGGCGUCAGGGGGCGGCGUGGGGGGUCCCGGGCCGCCGGCGCUGCUGGACGCCGCGGCGUGCGAGGGCCAGUUCGACUGCAAGGAGCUGGAGUCCCUCUUCCAGAACUACAACCUGAAGCUGGAGCAGACGUCCACCCUCAAGGCGCUGGCCGUGCUCAUCGUGCUGACGGGCAGCCUGGCCCUGCUGGAGCUCCUGGCCGGCCCCAGCCUGACCAUCAGCAAGGGCUCCCACCCGGUGCACUGCAUCAUCUUCCUCUCCCUCUUCAUCGUCACCAACGUCAAGUACCUGCAGGUCACCCAGCUCCAGCAGAUCGUCAAGCUCACCUUGCUCUUCGCCUUCACCUUCGCCUUCCUCUGCUGCCCCUUCUCCCUGGGCGCCUACGGCCUGGAGCCCCCCAGCGCCCCGGAGCAGGGCAUGUGGCAGCUCAUGCUGGUCACCUUCAUCUCCUACGCCCUCCUGCCCGUCCGCACCCUCCUGGCCGUCCUCUUCGGCUUGGUGGUGACCGUCUCCCAUCUCAUCGUCGCCGCCACCUCGGUCCGGGCCAAGAGGCAGCCCCUCUGGAGGACGCUUGUGGCCAAUGCUAUCCUUUUUGUCAGUGUAAAUUUGUAUGGGGUCUUUGUGAGGAUUUUGACAGAGAGGGCACAGAGGAAGGCUUUCCUUCAGGCCAGGAACUGCAUAGAGGACAGGCUGAAGCUGGAGGAUGAAAAUGAAAAACAGGAGAGACUCUUGAUGAGCCUUUUGCCCAGGAAUGUUGCCAUGGAAAUGAAAGAGGACUUCCUGAAGCCGCCUGAAAGGAUUUUCCACAAGAUUUACAUUCAGAGGCACGACAAUGUCAGCAUAUUGUUUGCGGACAUUGUUGGGUUCACCAGCUUGGCGUCGCAGUGUACCGCUCAAGAACUGGUGAAGCUUCUGAACGAACUCUUUGGGAAGUUUGAUGAAUUGGCUACAGAAAACCACUGCAGAAGGAUAAAAAUCCUAGGUGACUGUUACUACUGUGUAUCAGGACUGACACAGCCCAAAACGGAUCAUGCCCACUGCUGUGUCGAAAUGGGAUUGGAUAUGAUUGACACCAUCACAUCGGUAGCUGAAGCCACUGAAGUAGAUCUCAAUAUGAGAGUCGGCCUGCACACCGGGAGGGUGCUCUGCGGCGUCUUGGGUCUUCGCAAAUGGCAAUACGAUGUUUGGUCAAACGAUGUGACUCUUGCUAAUGUAAUGGAGGCUGGGGGGUUGCCUGGGAAGGUGCAUAUAACAAAGACCACCUUAGAGUGCCUAAAUGGUGACUAUGAGGUAGAACCAGGGUAUGGCUAUGAAAGGAACAGUUUCUUGAAGAAGCAUAACAUUGAAACCUUUUUCAUUGUGCCAUCUCAUCGGAGGAAGAUAUUUCCAGGGCUUAUUCUCUCUGACAUAAAGCCUGCCAAAAGAAUGAAGUUCAAGACUGUCUGUUACCUGCUGGUCCAACUCAUGCAUUGCCGUAAAAUGUUUAAAGCCGAGAUACCUUUCUCCAACGUCAUGACCUGCGAAGAUGACGACAAGAGGAGGGCAUUAAGGACGGCCUCUGAAAAGCUCAGGAAUCGUUCUUCUUUUUCUACAAACGUGGUCUACAGCACUCCCGGAUCUCGAGUGAACCGAUACAUUGGCCGUUUAAUCGAAGCCCGGCAAACGGAGUCGGAGAUGGCAGACCUACAUUUUUUUACCCUGAAGUAUAAACAGAUUGAGCGUGAGCAAAAGUAUCACCAGCUUCAGGACGAAUAUUUCACCAGUGCUGUAGUCUUGUCACUAAUUCUAGCUGCCUUAUUCGGCCUUGUCUACCUUUUGAUAAUCCCACAGAGUACCGUCGUCCUUGUCCUCCUGGUCUUCUGCAUAUGCUUCCUGGUGGCGUGUAUCAUGUACCUACAUGUCACUCGAGUACAAUGUUUUCCAGGGUGCCUGACAAUACAAAUUCGAACCGUUUUGUGUGUUUUUAUUGUGAUCUUAAUUUACUCAGUGGCACAAAGCUGUGUGGUGGGUUGUAUGCCUUGGGUCUGGAGUUCUAAUUCCAGCAGUUCAAUAGUUAUCAUUUCUCCCGGUGGGACGAACGAGACAAUGAGCGAACUUCCAUGCGAUUCGGCCCAUUAUGCGUUCCUCUCUUGCAUUGUGGGGACUCUGACCCUGGCAAUAUUUUUACGCGUAUCUUCCUUGCCAAAAAUGAUCCUCCUGCUUUGUGUGACAAUUUUGUACAUAGUCAUUUUGGAACUCAGCGGAUACCGAAAAGCAGAGGGGGGUGGCUCCUUUUAUAUACGUGGCAGUGAACCCGUAUUAGCCAUUUUGCUGUUUUCCUGUGCUUUAGCACUUCAUUCUAGGCAGGUGGAUUUGAAACUACGUCUGGACUACCUCUGGGCUGCACAGGCAGAAGAAGAAAGAGAUGAUAUGGAGAGAGUGAAGCUGGACAACAAGAGAAUUCUCUUCAAUCUGUUGCCAGCUCAUGUUGCACAACAUUUUCUCAUGUCUAACCCGAGGAACAUGGACCUGUAUUACCAGUCGUACUCACAAGUGGGAGUGAUGUUUGCUUCCAUUCCAAAUUUCAACGAUUUUUACAUUGAGCUGGAUGGAAACAACAUGGGAGUGGAGUGUUUGCGCCUGUUAAAUGAAAUCAUUGCAGAUUUCGACGAGCUUAUGGACAAAGAAUGUUAUAAAGAUAUUGAAAAAAUCAAGACUAUUGGCAGCACAUACAUGGCAGCAGUGGGGCUUGUGCCAACUACUGGCACCAAGGCAAAGAAAUCAAUUUAUGCCCACCUCAGUACACUUGCUGAUUUUGCAAUAGAAAUGUUUGAUGUUCUUGAUGAAAUCAACUAUCAGUCUUAUAAUGACUUUGUUCUCCGAGUUGGUAUUAACGUGGGCCCUGUAGUGGCUGGCGUUAUUGGUGCCAGAAGACCCCAAUAUGACAUCUGGGGUAACACUGUAAAUGUCGCUAGCAGGAUGGAUAGUACGGGAGUGCAAGGUAAAAUUCAGGUUACAGAAGAAGUGCAGCGAAUACUGAAAAGGUGCAAUUAUGAGUUUGUGUGUCGGGGCAAAGUCAGCGUCAAAGGGAAAGGCGAAAUGUUGACUUACUUUCUCGAAGGGAAGUCUAAUGGGAGUAACUCACAAACGCGGUCUUUGAACUUAGAACGUAAAAUGUACCCCUACGGACGAGCCAACAUUCAGACUAAACUGGGCACGAGUUGCCCGUCGAUGUCCUCUUCCCCCAACCUUCCAGCAAUUGCUGGGACUGCAACGCUCCAACCACCGUCAACCCACACAAAUCUGACGCUCCAUUACCUUCCCUCUGUGCCAGCCAUAAAAGAGGCAUGA